CGCGAAUCCUCGCCAGCUUCUGUAGAAAGUGUCCAUGACAUCGUUAAUCGGUGGCGCACGCGGAAUAACCCCCGCCGUGGGAUCGAAGGGAGUACCUCCUUGUGACAACGCAAGGAAAUUAUCUAUCUUCGCAGGAAGUUUGUGCCGCUUGCUGGGCAUAUCCUCCAUCCAGGUUUUCGAUUACCGCCUCUCCGUCUAUUUACACCCAAACAAACCCCUGUGGCGACCAGCUCUUUUCGCAAGCUUUGCCCGAUCAACCUUCCGGUCUUCGGCCUCUCGACUUCGCUGCCGGGCAAGCAUGCGUGUCCCAAGUCGCCUUUUUCGCAUCGAAGUAUAGAGACCAUCGACCACCAUCUCACCCUCCACCGAAAACAAAAAAAAAUAAAAAUAAAAAGCAAAAAAAAAAAUAAGAAUGCAUCAUACGUGCGGAUUAAAAUGUUUCCCAGAUAUAUACAAGGGAUUGUGACCGCCCUGUUGAAGUUCUCUGGAGUCUGUAUGGUUGGACCUUACUGCCUUUCUUCGUGUACCGUGCCGCUCCUGCAGACAAACGAGACUUUCAGCUCUCAUAUCCCUUCUUUUCUAGACCGCUACGUGGGAGCAGACAAGCGGCUUGUAACCUUGUCCCAGGCGGUUCUAAGAAUGCGCGUGCCGGCGUUCAACUUCCCAGGCUCUCCCCGCCACAAUUCAGAAUAGCAUACACCAGGGGGCAGGCUAUCAAAAGCAAGAACCCCUUUGUCGACGACACGGGAUAUUCAUGCAGGAAUCACAGGCAUUUGGAAUCUCCCCGGCGCAAUGCCAACUCUAAGUCAUGCAUGUUUUAUCAGGUCAUUCCCGGGGUCUGUGUUGGAAAACAGGCCGGAUGCAUUCGCUCCAAGGUCUCCUUGGGUAGAGAUGGUGUGUGUGAUGAGAGGAAGACGUUGCGAAAUCGUCUUCAGCGCGAUUCGCCUUUUGACCGGCCACGGAUCCCCAUACGAUGCACCAAACGGGAUAUGAUUUGCUUUUCGUCUAACGAGAAUUGAAACGGGUAUUUGCACCUCUGAAAUUUGUGCGCUUGGACCUAAAUUUCCCAGAUUAACAAAGUUAUUUGAAUUGCUGCAGCUUAUGCAGGGAGCAGAAUCUAUCAUUCUUCUGGGGGCCGCGUGCCAGAAAUAAGAAUUUUUGCAUGGUACACCGCACAGGCUGUACCGGUAGAACAAAAGGCCAACGAAUCAGUGUCUUCCGGAGGGAAAUGGAGGAAAACUCAUUGCAAUUUGAAGUCAAUCCGGAAAUUACGACUUGUAAUAGGUUCAUGCGGUGCUGAAGCUCGUUUGAAAAUCUUGAUAGCACCCCUGCUCGCUUGCAGAAAAUAUUGUUAAUGUAACCGAAUAGAUCAAUUUUUGA